CAUUUUUACAUGAUCUUUCCUCCUUACUGACCUCUAGUUCUUCUAUAGGAGCUCCUCACACUCCUAUCCUGCGCCAUACAUCCCUCUUAAAAUGCGCACACUCCUGACUCUUCGGCCUCCGCCGCCUCCGCCGCAGUGCCUCUCUUCCUUCACUCCUUCUCCUUCUUCCUCCUUCCUCUUCAGCUUCAGACCUCACCGGCGCUUCCACUUUCUCACUCCUUACUCCUCUCUCAAGCAGACAAAGAAACAGAAGACUCUUCAGAAGACCACCGCCACUCCCAACGCUCCUCCGCCGCAGAGCUUCAAGUGGCUCUUCACUAGCCCCAAGGCCGACGACCCCGACGAUAACAAUGGCGGCGGCGAAGCCGGAUUGGAGGGCGAUACCGCCGUCAAAGGCACGAUCUUGGCCGGAUUGUUGCUCGUCGGCGUUGUUGGUGGAUUCGGCGCCGUCGGUUACGUGUACAAGGACCAAAUCAACGCCUUUUUGAAUCAAUUCUCCACUUUCAUUGAAGGUUAUGGACCAGCUGGAUAUGCUUUGUUUGUGGCUGUAUACGCCGGACUCGAAAUCCUUGCAAUUCCAGCCAUUCCGUUAACGAUGUCAGCUGGACUUCUUUUUGGCUCUGUUAUCGGCACUAUCAUAGUCUCCAUCAGCGGAACCGUGGCUGCGAGUAUUGCUUUCCUGAUUGCGAGAUACUUUGCUCGUGAGCGUAUUCUUAAACUCGUCGAAGGAAACAAAAAGUUUCUAGCAAUUGAUAAGGCUAUUGGGGAAAAUGGGUUCAGAGUUGUUACCCUUCUCCGUUUAAGCCCUUUGCUUCCUUUUUCUUUGGGGAACUAUCUGUAUGGACUUACAUCGGUGAAGUUUGUGCCUUAUGUUUUGGGAAGUUGGUUGGGAAUGCUUCCAGGAACAUGGGCGUAUGUGAGUGCUGGUGCAUUUGGGCGAGCAAUAAUUCAGGAAGAAUCUGAGCUUGGUGUAUUAGGGGGAAAUGGUCAGUUGUGGACACUAGGACUUGGAUUGUUAGUGACGGCAGUGGCCGCAACUUAUGUGACGCGACUUGCAAAGGAUGCUGUAAAGGAUAUUGAAUAGGCACAGGGACAUGGUUUGCCCACACUUAAAAAGUGUAGAACAAUAUAAUUAAAUUUACUGCAAAAAUUUGCGAAUGUAUCACUUCCAUGUAAAUCAAAAUGGUUUAUUCUAACCAAAUGAUAUAAGAGCCUUUUCAUUCUUCUUCUUGAAA